UUUUGCGCACCGCCAUUUCCGCCUACGGCUCUCUCCUAUUUGGGCCCUCCUCGGCUUCCGUCCCAGAUGAUCCCUCCCCGAGGCUGCCGCCGCCGCCUUCUCCUCCCGGAGCUGGAGCCACCUCCUCGGCCAGUGGCGUAGCCGGAGUCUGUGUCGGGGCCAGCUAGAUAGGGGCGGAGGUCUGGAAACCGGUCUCGACCCGAGCGGGGGGCCAUGGAGAAAGCGGCCCGAGGCGCUCUCGACACCGACUAACGCGGGCCCGUUGCGGCUGCAGGCGCCAUGGACCGAGCCCCCGCAGACCAGAAUGUCAAGCUGUCAGCUGAGGUAGAACCAUUUAUUCCCCAGAAGAAGAAUCCUGAUACAUUUAUGAUCCCUAUGGCACUCCCAAAUGAUAACGGCAGUGUUUCUGGUGUAGAACCAACUCCAAUUCCCAGCUACCUGAUUACUUGUUAUCCAUUUGUUCAGGAAAACCAGUCCAAUAGACAGUUUCCAUUAUAUAACAACGAUAUACGAUGGCAACAGCCUAAUCCAAACCCUGCUGGACCAUACCUUGCUUACCCCAUUAUAUCUGCUCAGCCACCUGUUUCUACAGAGUAUACAUAUUAUCAGCUGAUGCCAGCACCAUGUGCCCAAGUUAUGGGUUUCUAUCAUCCUUUUCCUGCACCUUACUCCAACACUUUUCAGGCUGCAAAUACUGUCAAUACUAUAACCGCAGAAUGCACUGAGCGUCCAAAUCAGCUUGGACAGGUCUUCCCAUUAUCUGGUCAUCGAAACAGAAACAGUAAUAGAGGACCAGUGGUACCAAAACAACAGCUUUUACAACAGCACAUAAAAAGCAAAAGGCCACUGGUGAAAAAUGUAGCUACUCAGAAAGAGACAAAUGCAGCAGGUCCUGAUAACCGAUCAAAAAUUGUGCUACUGGUAGACGCUUCACAGCAAACUGAUUUCCCAUCAGACAUCGCUAACAAAUCUCUCUCAGAGAGCUCUGCCAUGAUGCUCUGGAAGGCCAAAGGCAGGAGGAGAAGAGCAUCCCACCCUACUGCUGAAUCCUCUAGUGAGCAGGGGGCUAGUGAAGCUGACAUUGACAGUGAUAGUGGCUACUGCAGUCCCAAACACAGCAACAGCCAACCUGCAGCUGGGGCUCUGAGAAAUCCUGAUUCUAGCACCAUCAGUCAUGUGGAAUCAUCUAUAUGUGCAGGUGGUGUAAAUUGGUCCAAUGUAACUUGCCAGGCAACUCAGAAAAAACCUUGGAUGGAAAAAAAUCAGACAUUUUCUAGAGGUGGAAGGCAGGCUGAACAAAGAAAUAAUUCACAGGUUGGAUUCAGAUGCCGAGGACAUAGUACUUCCUCAGAAAGAAGACAGAAUUUGCAAAAGAGACAAGAUAAUAAGCAGUUAAACCCCAGUCAAUGUCAUAGAGGUGACCCAAAUUCCGAGUCUUUAUAUUUUGAGGAUGAAGAUGGAUUUCGAGAACUAAAUGAGAAUGGAAGUGCUAAAGAUGAGAAUAUUCAACAGAAACUUUCUUCAAAAGUAUUGGAUGAUUUACCUGAGAACUCACCAAUCAAUAUAGUUCAGACACCAAUUCCCAUUACAACCUCAGUUCCUAAACGUGCAAAAAGUCAAAAGAAGAAAGCUUUAGCAGCAGCCCUUGCCACAGCUCAAGAAUAUUCAGAAAUAAGUAUGGAGCAAAAAAAACUACAGGAAGCUUUGUCAAAGGCAGCUGGGAAAAAGAAUAAGACACCUGUACAACUAGAUUUGGGGGACAUGUUAGCAGCUCUGGAAAAACAACAGCAAGCCAUGAAAGCGCGGCAAAUUACUAAUACCAGACCUCUGUCAUAUACAGUGGUCACUGCAGCUUCUUUUCACACUAAAGACUCUACUAACAGAAAACCCUUAACCAAAGGUCAGCCCUGUUUGACAUCCUUUAAUUCUUUGGACAUUACUUCCUCUAAAGCAAAAAAAGGAAAAGAAAAGGAAAUUGCAAAACUAAAACGGCCCACAGCACUUAAAAAGGUUAUUUUGAAAGAAAGAGAGGAAAAGAAGGGCCGUUUAACUGUGGACCACAAUCUUUUGGGAUCUGAGGAACCAAUAGAAAUGCACUUAGAUUUUAUUGAUGAUUUGCCGCAGGAGAUUGUUUCCCAAGAAGAUGCUGGACUGAGCAUGCCCAGUGAUGCAUCCCUCUCUCCAGCAAGUCAGAACUCUCCGUACUGUAUGACACCUGUGUCACAAGGCUCUCCGGCUAGUUCUGGGAUAGGCAGUCCAAUGGCAUCUUCAACAAUAACCAAAAUCCACAGCAAAAGAUUUAGAGAGUACUGUAAUCAGGUUCUUUGUAAAGAGAUUGAUGAAUGUGUGACUCUUCUUCUUCAAGAGCUUGUCAGCUUCCAGGAACGCAUCUACCAAAAGGAUCCUGUAAGAGCAAAAGCAAGGAGACGGCUGGUCAUGGGUCUAAGAGAGGUUACAAAACAUAUGAAGUUAAACAAGAUCAAAUGUGUUAUAAUUUCUCCAAAUUGUGAAAAAAUCCAGUCCAAAGGUGGCCUGGAUGAGGCUCUCUAUAAUGUUAUAGCCAUGGCACGGGAACAAGAAAUUCCUUUUGUGUUUGCCCUUGGAAGAAAAGCUCUAGGACGCUGUGUGAACAAGCUGGUUCCUGUUAGUGUGGUGGGAAUCUUCAACUACUUUGGUGCUGAGAGCCUGUUUAAUAAGUUAGUAGAACUCACUGAAGAAGCCAGGAAAGCAUAUAAAGAUAUGGUUGCAGCAAUGGAACAGGAGCAAGCCGAGGAAGCCUUGAAGAACGUGAAGAAGGUGCCACACCACAUGGGGCAUUCUCGGAAUCCCUCUGCAGCAAGUGCCAUUUCUUUCUGCAGUGUUAUUUCUGAACCCAUCUCUGAAGUAAAUGAAAAGGAAUAUGAAACAAAUUGGAGAAACAUGGUGGAAACUUCGGAUGCAUUGGAAACAUCAGAAAAUGAGAGAGAAGUUUCUUGUAAGCACAGCCCAUCUGAAAAACCCAGUAAACUUCCAUUUGACACAGCCCCUGUUGGUAAGCAGCCAGCAUCAGUGGCUGCAGGCAGUACUACCUCAGCUACAAACCCUGGAAAAUCAACAGUGAGUGAUAAAGAGGAAGUGAAACCAGAUGACCUGGAAUGGGCCUCACAGCAGAGUACAGAGACGGGCUCUUUGGAUGGCAGUGGCCGGGAUCUUUUGAAUUCCUCCAUCACCAGCACCACCAGCACUCUUGUGCCUGGCAUGCUGGAAGAAGAGGAUGAUGAAGAUGAGGAGGAGGAGGAAGAUUAUACUCAUGAACCCAUAUCUGUGGAAGUGCAGCUCAAUAGUAGAAUUGAGUCUUGGGUCUCUGAGACUCAGAGAACGAUGGAAACUCUUCAGCUUGGAAAAACCCUUAAUGGUUCUGAGGAAGACAAUGCAGAGCAAAGUGGGGAAGAGGAAGCAGAGGCUCCUGAGGUGCUAGAGCCAGGGAUGGAUAGCGAGGCCUGGACUACUGACCAUCAAGCAAGUCACGAACAGCAGAAGCCCAGCAACUGCAGCUCACUGAACAAGGAGCAUUCUGAUUCUAAUUAUACGCCCCCAAAUCUAUAACUCAGGAAAUGUCAGCUAUCUAUCUCCAACUAUGUAAGGGUUGCAGCCAUUAUCUUUCAUGCUUCAUCUCAACAUUUUGCACUGUCCAGUAUUUAAUAUAUGUAUUUAAUUCCUGACAAAUAUUUUUGUAGCUGUCUUUUACUUGUUUUGUUAUGAUCCAUAGCUUAGCUUUUAACUGUCAUCUAAGUGUCUUUCUAAGAACUGUAUGGAAAAUUCAGAAUUGUUUCAGCUUAUUUUGUUUUGGAAAAUAACGAUUAAAAAAGAAGACCAGGUUUUAAAGAAAGUAAAUUUAAAAUGCCUGUUUAGUCAUUUUGAAAGUUAAAGGUUAAGGUUCUAAGGAGAGGAGCAGUUGCCAAUGUUUGCUUCAAGACUACACAUGCUAUACUCUAAUUUGUCUGACCAAAAAGUUGUUUGGGCUUCUUUUAGAAAGAACUGGAGGUAGAGUUAGAAAACUAAAAAAAUGGCUGAGGGUAACUAAGUUCACGAAGUGUUUUGUAUUAAAAAUGGAUGCAACUUUUAUUUAGUCCACAAAUGCUUAUUUCAGAAGUCACUGAUCAUGGUAAUUGAUUAAAGUUGGGACAGGCUAAGACAGAGCCUCCAAUACUUAGGCUAGCAAAGGAGCCACCAUGGUAGAUUAGAGCUGGCCUUAUUUGUGGAAAGUUAGCUAUGUUGUCUUUAAUAGUGAGAAGUCACCCAUGAUAGGACAUUCUGGGUUUUGUUUCACAUUUGCUUGUUACUUACCUCAGGAAUGCUCUUGUACAUAGUCGUAUUUGCAUAAAAUUAGGCAAAUUUUGACAGGUGAAUAAUUGUAACCGGUUGUAUGACUGCAGCACUUAAUUGUAAACUAUCCAGAAGCAGAGUCUUAUACUGGUGUGUUCUCUUGCAUGCUUCUGAUUUGGGAUUCUCUGGACUUAAAAUGUGGAUCUGAUUAGGUAUUCAUACUUGUCCUGAGUGAAAAACCAUUGCACCUUUUAAGAAAAAUAUUUUGUCCGUGACCUUGAGCACCUGCCAGGUAACACUGACCACAGUUACUGACGGGAGUCAGGGAAAGGAACUUUAUGCAGUUGUAACAUGUAUCCUGAUAAUCAAGGUUUGGAAGAGGAAGUUUUGAAGAAAAGAGAAAGUUCUAAUUGUGCUGAAACUAUUAGAUGGUUUUAGAGUGUGGAGAUAGGCACAGGUAUUAAUUUUUGAUAUUUAUCUCUACCUUUCUCCUGGAAUGUUUAUACCUCCUUGGGCGAAGUUAAAGUAACUGAGCUAAAUGUUUUGCUAGUCAGUCACCACCUGGUAGUGACCUCUCUGCAAGUUUAUAAUGGUGGGAGAAUUACAAAUUACCUAUUUUUCUGUCUUCCCUGCAACCACCCACCACCUUCAGUUAACCAACACACGUGUCUGUGUACACACACACACACACACAUACACAUGCAUGCCAGCUUUACACUUCCAACUCCGAUAAGCAGGCACAGAACUGAAGAGGGAGGGGUAUUUUCCCUGCCCAGGUUUUAUGGGGCAGAGCUUUGCCUCACAGAGGUGAGAGGGAAGAAUUGGGCAGAUACUUUACUGAAUGCAUGGGGACUGCUGUUCUAGUAUUGAUGUAUUUAUUGAUAAUCCCAGCAUUAAUUACUGGAGAGACCAGAUUCUUGGUUGAUGACUUAGUUAUUUGUGAAUUGUGAAAGUUUA